UUUUUAUACUGUCUAUGGUUCUCCCCCGCUACAGGGAGGGAUGUAGCACGUAUCACUGGUGAAGUAACCUCGGGAAAUAUUUUCUCGUCAUCCUGUGAUUACAAGCUUAGGUUUAUUUGGUUGAAGUUGCACUGCGGAUAAAAUGUCGUCUUGGACGAAAUCGUCUGCAUCGGCCCGGCGGCAACCAGCUAACCCAAACGGAAGUGCUCAACAACUGCGUCUGUUUCGGAGAGCAGCGCCUUACCCCAAAAGAGACGAGAGGAACGAAGAGCUCAAGGAUGCCCUGGAAAGUUAUGAAGAUCUAGAUCAAAUUCAAAACUACAGUGGAAGUGUGAUGUUCGAGGGGUACAAACAUCAACCAAAUGCCAAGCCAGACGGCUGCACCCCAGCAGACCGCCGUAAAGCCCUGUAUCAGAAGUUCUACCGACAGGUGCAGGAGGAGAAGAAGCCGGCUGACUGUGUGGUCCUCUCUGUCACCAACCGGUGCCUGGAUUACCCCAAAUCGCUAAGCCAGUGCUUGCAGGAGCGUGGCCUGUCAGUGGAAAUGCUCUACCUUCAGGCGGAAUCGGGCCUGACCCGGGCUCUGCAGGAUGUCCGAGCAGAAGGCUCCCCGUUAUGUAUUCUGGUGGAGCAGACAAACGUAGCUCUGUCCUCCUGCACUGUUAUCAUAUUCUCAGAAUCCCUCAAAAUCCAUCGCAACAUGCCGAAAGACCAGGCCAUGGACUUUGUUGCAGCCGAGUACAGUCGCAGGCGCGGCAAAGAGCGCCCGCCGAAGGACCCGGCAGACAGUGCUGCCCAGGCGUCACAGCUGCUGGAUGACUACCUGGACCGAGAGAAGAUUGACCGCCACACGGUUCCCUCCGAAACCCGUCAGCUCCUCUUGCUGUUUGCUGAAGGGGUGCAUCUCUACCCCGAGGAGAUGGAAACCAUCUCCGAGUAUGUCCGUUCCCGGCAGGAGCACCUACAAGCCUCCCACACGGAGGGGAAGAGGGGUAACAUGUUACCUCCCGGACUGGGCAAGCCGCCUCCUCUGCUCCCCACUCCACCCGGGCCCCCUCAGUCUGCCGGAGCAGGGGGGCCCAUGAUGAACCACCCCUCACCACCCGCUCCUCUCCUUCCUCCACCAGGCUCUCAUCCUAAAUCCAAACCUCCUCCGCUGCUGUCCCUGCAUCGACCUCCUGGUCCUUCACUGUCCUCACACAGCUCCUACUGUGGCCCCUCUAUGCCCCGUGGGCCCAUACUCCACCACCCUCCUCCAUACCACCAAGGCCCCAGGGGCCCUCACACAGGCAGAGGUGCCCCGCCUUCUCUAAAAAGUUGCCGCCCUCCACUUCUCGCUUCUCCAGGUGCCCCUCUUCCACGACCAGGGGGCCCCCGACACUAAGAAAUCACACCCCGACAUCCUCUCUCACUCACACACACACACACACACACACACACACACACACACACACACUGUAACCCAUGCAGGCUUCACGGGCCAGCAGUGUUUUGAACAUUUCAUCUUACUCGACAACAGAAGACUUGUGGCCCUUGUGUAGGAUACCUUUUUUUGUUUAUUUUGACUUUUUUAUUUUUAUAAAAUAGUAAACCACACUCAGUUAGAAAAAGCUUGUAGUUAAUGUUAGAUAUUAUCUUAUUGUAGAUACAUUGAUUAAAGAUGGCAUGGGGUAUUCUGACAUCACAAUCAUUUUAAGUAUUGUUACCUACAUCCCUCAGUCAUUGUUCAUUUCUUUUCUUUAGUAUGUACUGGGCUUCUCAUUCAAAGAGAAAAACGCCAUUAAAAAUGUAUGUAUGUAUUUUCAGUUGUUUUUUUGUGCGUUGGAGGCUCUAGUGACCUGGUCACCAAUGGAUAACUGCGUAUUGGUGGUCUCACAUGGUUUUAGGAUAUUUGUUCUGUAUAUAAUGACUAUAACAAGUAGCCUACUUGCUGUAAAUGGCAUUUCAAGAUGGUGCUUAAGAUUUCACAUGGAUUUCUUUAAAGAUUCUCUUGACCUAAGAGUUUCAGUAUAAAAAAAGAAUUAAAAGUUUGUUUU